CCGCGGGACCCACCGCCACCGGCAGCCCCGCACGGCCGGCCCCAAGAGGACUUUGUAGCCUGUGCCUCCCGCCUGUCGGAACGCUGAGGCCACCUGCGAGCAGAUGGAGCUGGACCACAGGACCACCGGCGGCCUCCACACCUACCCUGGGCCCCGCGGCGGGCCGGUGGCCAAGCCCAACGUGAUCCUGCAGAUCGGUAAGUGCCGAGCGGAGAUGCUGGAGCACGUGCGGAGGACCCACCGGCACCUGCUGACGGAAGUGUCCAAGCAGGUGGAGCGGGAGCUGAAGGGGCUGCACAGGUCGGUGGGCAAGCUGGAGAACAACCUGGACGGCUACGUGCCCACCAGCGACUCGCAGCGCUGGAAGAGGUCCAUCAAGGCCUGCCUGUGCCGCUGCCAGGAGACCAUAGCUAACCUGGAGCGCUGGGUCAAGCGGGAGAUGCACGUGUGGCGCGAGGUCUUCUACCGGCUGGAGAGGUGGGCUGACCGCCUGGAGUCCAUGGGCGGCAAGUACCCGGUGGGCAGCGAGCCUGCCCGCCACACCGUCUCCGUGGGCGUCGGGGGUCCCGAGAGCUACGGCCAAGAGGCUGACACCUACGAUUACACGGUCAGCCCCUACGCUGUCACCUCGCCGCCGGCCGCGGGCGCGCUGCCGGGGCAGGAGGCCGCGGAGGCCCAGCAGUACCCGCCCUGGGGUCCGGGAGAGGACGCGCAGCCCAGUCCUGGCGUGGACACGCAGAUCUUUGAGGACCCGCGGGAGUUCCUCAGCCACCUGGAGGAGUACCUGCGGCAGGUGGGUGGCUCGGAGGAGUACUGGCUCUCACAGAUCCAGAACCACAUGAACGGGCCGGCCAAGAAGUGGUGGGAAUACAAGCAGGGCUCGGUGAAGAACUGGGUGGAGUUCAAGAAGGAAUUCCUGCAGUACAGCGAGGGCACGCUGUCCCGAGAGGCCAUCCAGCGGGAGCUGGACCUGCCACAGAAGCAGGGCGAGCCGCUGGACCAGUUCCUGUGGCGCAAGCGGGACCUGUACCAGACGCUCCACGUGGACGCGGAGGAGGAGGAGAUCAUCCAGUACGUGGUGGGCACCCUGCAGCCCAAGCUCAAGCGGUUCCUGCGCCCACCGCUGCCCAAGACCCUGGAGCAGCUCAUUCAGAAGGGCCUGGAAGUGCAGGAUGGCCUGGAGCAGGCGACCGAGUCCUCCAGCCCCCACCUGCCCCCUGAGGAGGAGAGCGAGGCCCUCACACCAGCCCCCACCAGCGAGUCCGUAGCCAGUGACCGGACCCAGCCCGAAUAGAGGGCACUGGAUACCUCCACACCCCGGCCACUGU